CAUUCCUGAUCCGUCAUUCAGUAUGGAACCAAAACGGAUAGAAGGGGCUCUACAGUGACAAACACACUCCGAGAAGUGCAUGUAGAAGAGGGAAGGUAUCGUGCUGCUUUCUGUAUAUUCGGAAUUUUUUAAAGACAACUUAAAACGGCAUUUCUCGUAGGAUACAUAGAGGUAGGACGUCAAUCACUGCCAAUAUCCCAGACAUCUGCCCACUUGAGGUAGAGCCAUAUUGCGGUAGACGGUCAAAGGUUCUGGUGGUCGCAGACGGCGAGAAUCAUGUCUUCUUGCGUGGGGGUGAAGCCGCGCUGCGGGGGUAACCCGUACAAAUCCGUGCGUGUGGACCCCAACAGCGACUACAUCACGCCCGGGACGCUGGACCUGGAGCAGAUGUUUUGGGCGGGCGCCGGAGCCCAGUACACACACGUCAACGAAGUUUGGCCCGGUAUCUACAUAGGAGAUGAGAAAACAGCCUUGGAGCGAGCUGCUCUGAAGAGCAUGGGCAUCACGCACAUCCUGAACGCAGCGGAAGGCAAGUGGAACAAUGUAUCGACCGGCGCCGACUACUACCGAGACGACAUGGACAUCCAAUACUACGGGCUGGAUGCCGACGACAAGCCCACCUUCAACAUCGCCCAGUUCUUCUGUCCUGCCAGCCUCUUCAUCCACGGCGCUGUUCAGGAUCCACAGAGCAAGGUGCUGGUCCAUUGUGUAAUGGGGCGGAGUCGGUCAGCAUCGUUGGUCCUGGCGUACCUGAUGAUGGAGCAAGGCCUGAGCGUGGUGGGUGCCAUUGAGCACGUGCGCCAGCGGCGUUGCAUUCUGCCCAAUCACGGCUUCCUGAGGCAGCUGAGAGCGCUGGACAUUGCCUUGCAGUUGGAGAGGCUCAGUGAAAAGAAGACGCCAGACCGAUAACUUUCCAUGGGUUUAAUAUUGUCGACACCAUUUCCAACUGCAGGGACAAUUUGUUUGCAUGUCGUUAUAAUUAGAUAAUAAUUAGAUUCAAUUGAACCCUGACCAGAAAAAAAAACCCUCAUGAUCCAACAGAAAUGUGAUUUUUUUAAGUUUAGGAUUUUAACAGCCUACCAUUUAAAAACUGCAGAAACAAAUGUAACAAAAUAUGAUAUUCUAAAAAAUAAAAAAAAUUAUCAGUUUGACCAACUACUUAUUCUUAUCGUAAAUAAGCUUUCUUUGUCAGUUUAAGAAAAUACCGUAACAUAGUUAGCAUUUAACAAAAUAAAAGACCUUCCAUUCCGGGUAUUUUGAGGCCAUGUAGACAAACGAGUCACACGCGCAGGUUUUUCAGUCUUUUAAGGCAGAAGAAAAAAAGGCUAUCAAGGAGAGAUGGGCCCAGCUCUCUUGCACUGCGCUGAGCAAAGAUGGCGAGUAACUUCCAUGUAGUUAAACAAGAGUGUGGACAUCGUGCCUCAGCAAACUUAAGUAAAAAAAAAAAGAAAAAAAAAAA